AUGGCUGAGUGCAAGGUCAAAAAGCAAAAAUAUGAAAUUUUUUAUCUUUUGAACUUAAAACAUUGAAAUAAUAAUAAGAAACCAAAAAUAUUUUCAUUUUGGGCCGAAACCGCCGAGCAGUUGUUUUCGAAGAGGCACGGUAAAGCAAAUAAAGGUAAGUCAUCGGAAAUAUUGGUGAUUUGAUUGCAAUUUGAAUGGGUUUGUAAUAUAUUGACUCCCUUCUGAUGGGGGUAAUACGUUUUUUAUUGGCUUUAAAUUGGAAAAUUUCCAAAAAAUUUGAUUAUUUUGGGAACACUGUUUCACUCUAUCAGUACAAACUUGACUGAAAGUUUACUUGAAAAUCAUCGAGCAAUAAGCGACUAAAACGUUGGCGUUUUGGAUAUUGAGAAUGAAUCUGAUUUUCCCAGAUUUUUCGCAGCUCAUGAUAAAUGUGAUUUCUCAGGGCCGUUAGAUUCUCAAGCUAAUCAAAUCUAGAGAAUGUGAGGAUAAAAUUUAUUUUUUUCAUCCAUAGAAUUUGCACAUGAUCUUCGCUUUUAUUAUAUUUCAAAAUUUAAAAUGCCAUCUUUUCUCAUCGCCCAGACUUCCCCAAUAUUUAUAAAAGGCUCCUUCUUGGACAAACAGUCAUUUACAACUUGAAAAAAAUCACGCGUUGUUGCAGUUUCUUGCAUACAAUUUCCAAAAGUGCUUCAACUGACAACUGACCCAUUUUUAGCUACCGUUUUCUUUUGUUCUUUUACAGAAAACACAAUGAAUCGUUCAGAAAACAUUUUUUUCUUCAAAAUGAGAUUCCCCUAUCCUUUUGAAUUUUCAAAAUGUCAAUAGAGAAUUUAUUAUUUUUUUAUGACAAACCAACGAUUGGACUAUUAUAAUCCAUACCACACAGGUCUUUAUAACCCUUCGAAAAAGCGUUUUGUUUGCGUUAAAAACGGACUUGACGCAUUUUCAACGUUCUUUACUGCGUUAAGAAAUUACAGUAAAAAUGGGAGUAAUUUUAGGAUAUAGACAAUAGAGGAGAAUUAACAAGCUGUGUAUAUCGCUAAUAUAGUGCACCGUAAGACACCAAAAAAUUCGCGCGAUUAGCGUGGUUGAAAAAUUAUUCUCUACGGAAUUUCAGAUUAAACUUUGCGGGAGAAGCUGAGAUCUUUUACGAUUUUUACAGACAACACAACAAAGUGGGAGCAGAGAAACCGCGGAAACCGGUCAGAGAAAAAAGUUUUCCGAGUUUUCGAAUUUUUUGUGGAAAAAAUCAAAUUUUUUACAAAAAUUUUAACCCUUACCCAAUUUCGUAAUCGAAUUUCGAAUAAUUAGUCUUUGAAGGUCAAGCUAUGCAAAUUUUACACAAAAAGUAUGCAACCUUGGGAGUUUUAAUUUUUUAUAGGUAUGAAAAUUCGACUUUCCCAUGGAAAUUCAAAAAUUGUGACCUUAGUUUAUUCAACCAAAACUUCGAUUACGAAAUUGGGCCAAGUCAAAAAUCUUGCUUAUCCAUUUCCGAAAAUCGACAGUCAAAUUGCGAUCUUACUUUAUUUUGCGUCAAAGUCAUCAAAAUCUCUCAUAUUCCUGGGGUUUUUUCACAUAUAUUUUUACUUUCAGUGAUCAUGGCGCAAGAGUUGGAUGUGAACUAUGUUCUGGAGGCCACCCUCCACUGCAUCCCCUUCAUUCUCCGUAUGCUCUACCUCUGGGUCCUCGAGCUCUUCUAUUGCAUCAUCCCGUACUCCCUAUGGCCAGACAAAAUCAAUUUCAAAGACAAGUUGGUCCUGAUUACCGGUGCUGUCGGAGGUCUUGGCCGUUGUUAUGCCGUGGAAUUCGCGAAACGAGGAGCCAAGUUGAUCCUCUGGGACAUGGGGCAAAGUCAAUUGGUGGAGUUGAAGAAACAUUUAGAGGAAAAGUACAGUAUCCAGGUGUUCAUCAAAGCCUUGGACAUCACUGAUGACAAGGCUGUGGCCAGUGCCGCGGCCGAAACCAAGAGUCAGAUCGGAGUUCCGGAUGUUUUGUUCAACAACGCCGGGAUUUUGGGAUAUUACAAAGAAUUUAUCUUCCCUAUCGAGACCUACGACAAGGUUCUGGCUGUGAAUGCGAGAGCUCCGGUUGUUGUAAGGAUUAAAAGUGUAAUAUAGAUAGAAAAACAUAUUUUAGAUCAUCAAGAACUUUAUCGACGAAAUGCUCGCCAGAAACAGCGGAUAUUUGGUGACCACUAGCUCGUUCUCUGGCCACAUUGGAGUCGGCGUUUGCAACCCUUAUGUCACCAGCAAACAUUGUAUCACCGGUUUUAUGAACAGCUUCCGCCAUUUUCUGAAGACUCGCAAAAGAAAUAUCAAAUGCUUGACCAUCUGCCCGAAUUAUAUCAAGACUCCGUUGGUGGCUGGCGUGAAAUAUGAGUAAGACAGUUUUUUUAUUUCUAGGGGAUAAAAAUUAACAUAAUUUAUUCAUUUUGUAUAGUAUAAUAUAGUAACCCAUCAUUUUAAAAAUAUUUUUUGAAUUCUAAAGGUCAUCUAUCUACUUUAGAAAUCCCUUGAAUCCCAUGCUCGAACCGGAAUAUGCGGCUGAAAGAGCGAUCCAGGCUUUGGAAUGCGGCCAAGAAGAACUCUUCCUGCCUAAGGCAACCUGGGUUUUUGUUCUCAUGAAAGGGUAAGAAAUUACAAAAGACAACACCUCAAAAUGCUUUCAGAAUCAUGCCAACCAAGGUGUUUGACGUCUAUGUCGAGAUGUUCUCCUUGCACGGAUCUAUCAACUAA